AUGACGAUUACCGAAAUUGCCACCCUCGAGCUACUGGUUCCUCACACAUGGGACUCGCCCGACGCACGCACCUUCUUUAGGACCCUGAGCGACCGCCAGUCGGCCUGGUCCGGGCAUUCUCUAUUCUUCUUCAAGGGGGCAGACUCACCUGGGCAAAUCUUCCUGAUAUCCGGAUGGAAGAGUGUGCAAACACACAACGAGUGGAUCGCGAGUGCACAGAACCAGGGGCUUUUAGAGAUGACGAAGGGGCUGGUAGAGGUGCGAGGGCUAGUGCACGCAGAUAUCAAUUUCGAAGACCUGCCGCGC